AUGCCUGGCAAACACAAGGGCGGUGUGGCAAGAUCUAUCAAGGUCACUAGCGGAGGCCGGUUCGGAGGCUCACAACAAUCCGCGACGUGCCCUGUUGCACAGUCAUCUAAACAUCGACAAAUUGCUUAUGACGAGCAGCUGCAGAAGAUAUUGGGUAUGAGUUUUGAGGACCGCGAACAUCUCCAGCAACUCGAAAACGACAUGCCUGAUGUGCAUGUGGACGACGACCCGGAAUUGUUACCCUUGCCACCUGGUGAAAGAGGCUAUGUUUUUCAGUAA